AGCCGCGUCGCGCCUCUGCCUUUCCUCUCUCCCGGCUCCAAGAUGGCGGAGUACGACCUGACCACCCGGAUCGCGCACUUCUUGGACCGGCACUUGGUCUUCCCGCUGCUGGAAUUCCUCUCUGUCAAGGAGAUAUACAAUGAAAAAGAGCUGCUCCAAGGAAAACUGGAUCUCCUUAGUGAUACCAACAUGGUGGAUUUUGCUAUGGAUGUGUACAAAAAUCUUUAUUCUGAUGAAAUUCCUCAUGCUUUGCGUGAGAAGAGAACAACUGUUGUUGCACAGCUGAAGCAGCUUCAAGCUGAAACAGAACCUAUUGUCAAGAUGUUUGAGGAUCCAGAGACUACGAGGCAAAUGCAGUCCACUAGAGAUGGUCGGAUGCUGUUUGACUACUUAGCUGAGAAGCACGGGUUUAGGCAGGAGUACCUAGAUACACUCUACAGGUAUGCAAAAUUCCAGUAUGAAUGUGGUAACUACUCAGGAGCUGCAGAAUAUCUCUACUUCUUCAGGGUUCUGGUUCCAGCAACAGACAGAAAUGCUUUGAGUUCCCUUUGGGGAAAACUGGCAUCUGAAAUCCUGAUGCAGAAUUGGGAUGCAGCCAUGGAAGAUCUCACAAGACUAAAGGAGACAAUAGAUAAUAAUUCUGUCAGCUCUCCACUGCAGUCUCUUCAGCAAAGAACAUGGCUCAUCCACUGGUCUUUGUUCGUGUUUUUUAAUCAUCCUAAAGGGAGAGACAACAUCAUUGACCUUUUUCUCUAUCAACCACAGUAUCUCAAUGCAAUUCAGACCAUGUGCCCACAUAUCCUCAGAUAUUUGACUACUGCAGUCAUAACAAAUAAGGAUGUUCGUAAACGUAGACAAGUGCUGAAAGAUCUAGUCAAGGUUAUUCAGCAGGAGUCCUACACAUACAGGGACCCUAUCACAGAGUUUGUGGAAUGCUUGUACGUUAACUUCGAUUUUGAUGGAGCGCAGAAGAAGCUGAGAGAGUGUGAAACAGUGCUUGUGAAUGAUUUCUUCUUGGUGGCGUGCCUUGAGGACUUCAUUGAGAAUGCCCGUCUCUUUAUAUUUGAGACUUUCUGUCGCAUCCAUCAGUGCAUCAGCAUUGGUAUGUUGGCAGAUAAGCUGAAUAUGACUCCUGAAGAAGCAGAAAGAUGGAUUGUCAAUCUGAUCCGGAAUGCACGAUUGGAUGCCAAACUGGAUUCCAAGCUGGGCCAUGUAGUUAUGGGCAACAAUGCAGUCUCACCUUAUCAGCAAGUGAUUGAGAAGACCAAAAGCUUGUCUUUUCGUAGUCAAAUGCUGGCUAUGAACAUUGAGAAGAAACUGAAUCAGAGUGGUAGAUCUGAGGCACCCAACUGGGCUACUCAAGACUCUGGAUUCUAUUGAAACACUUCUGCAGUGGGGACAAAUCUGUUUAUUUGACUAAAAAAGCACAUAAAUACGUAACCUUUUUGAGAAAAGUAAUUAUGUGUUAGCGCUUAUGUUAUCUGAAUAAAAUUGGCUACUUUUAUCA